AUGUGGAUUUUCAUCCCUGUUAUCCUGUAUCAUUUCCAAGCAACUCGAUGCUUGUACCUGGUCAAGCAAUCCAGAUUGACCAAUGCAUACAACGUCAAAGGUCACAGCAGCCAUGCAUCCCGGCUCCGCGCCCGCGCCGCCCCGGCGUCUCUGCGUCCUCCUCCAUUGUCAGCCCCGCGCCCAGCUCGGCACCCCGGAGGCCCUGGUCGCGCGCCCUCGGCCCUUGCGAGCCAGCGUCCCCCUCCCGGUCCCCUCGGCGCCCGGGCGCCUCCCUCCUCCCUCCCCCGCUCCCCGAGCUCCGCAUCCAGGGCUCCGGGCACCGCCAGCCUGGCCGCGGGACCCCGCAUUUCGGCAUCCUCCCUGCUUGGCCCAGGGUGCCCCGGCCCCUCGCCAGCGGCGGGCAUCGCGCGGCGUCUUCGGCAAACCCCUCUUUUAUCUCCCGAGGAAGCAAGUUGGGCAGAUCGAUUUAUUAAUUUCUGUGGCAGAGGUGGGUCGGUGACCGGGGUGCGCCCUCAGGGCUGCAGCGGGGAGGCGCCGUGGCUCCCUUCGGCCCCUGCACUGCCCGGGCAAGAGGGUUUUGUUUCCAGACCCCCGGCGCCCCCCGAAACAAUGAUGCCAUGGGCAUGGCGGGCUCACCUGGUGCUGCACCGCGGGCUCCGGGCGCCCGGUGGCCUAGUGCGCGCCAAUCCCGGCCGCAGGUUCGGCCCGCGUGCCGCCGGUGCUGGGCAGGACCCUGCCUUUCUUGGGGUUGUAUCUGUGCGUGUCAAUGGCGGCAAGCGGCAGUUCUCCGGGCCGCGGAUAGUAGCGGGGGGAGGAGGAGGAGGGAGAAGGGAUUGCUCCUUCUCCACAUAACCACCUCUAGGAGGAGUCGCUCAGCCUCAUCCCCCGCCAGCCCAGGCUCCGCGACGGGUCCGGGGGCUUUCGUGGGGCUUGAUGAGCUAUUGUCCUUCUGCAGUGGAACCACAGGGCCAGUUCGCGGAGCUGUCGGCUGCGAGGACACCGCUUCCCUAGAGCCCGGCACGGAGGCCUUGUGGUCACCAGCCACAGGCUCCAGAUAGCUCGACCCACCUUUGCUGGGCGAAAGAGGUGUGGGCGUUCAUCUGCCCAUUACGGGAUGAGAAGGUGAACGGGAAAAAAAAAAAAAAAAAAAA